GGACUUGCACUUUAAGCGGUUGAACCUCGACGUUCCCCUCCCCCAGAGUUCAACUUCAUCCCAUCUCGAAAUCACCUCAAGUCGCACUUCCACAUAUCCCUAGACAACGUAGUCAGGCCUACACGCUGUCAACAAACCCGCCCAUCAUGGACUACAAUCAGCAUCACCACCCGUCAAACUCGAUUGACAACGCCGCAUAUCCCGGGGAUUCGAGCUACCAACCCGGCGGCCACCCCUCCAACUCCAUCAGCAAUGCCGCUUACCCUUCAGACUCAUCCUACCGGCCGUCUGACCCUACAAUGCCCACCGACGACAAGCUCGCCAUGCCUAAUGCCCGUUACUCACAAUCUUACAACAACAAUCACAAUGCCGCUCCCGGCGCCGCCAACAGCAGCAGCAGUACACAAGCACAAGCCCAGUUCCCGCCGUAUCCAACCAACGCUCCAGCGCCUUUCCAGCAAUCGCCGGGCUGGAAUCAGGCGCAGAACCACGACCCCUUGUACUCUCCCGCUCGCGGGCCGAUAGCACCAUGGACCCCGGAUGGCAUGUCCGCCGCGAACCCUAACCUCCCGCCACCACCGCCAUACGAUCCCUCGAGGCCAGGCACGGGGACUACCAACCCCUCGACGCCCCGCGACCCGAUAUCACCAAACCCGUCAGAGAGUGCCCUUCUCAGCGGACAGCAGCAGCAGCAGCAGAAUGGAGCGCAUUCUACGCGAUCUCAGAGUAACUACACCAGCACCCCACAGCAAGCUCCCGCACCGGCGGCAGCUCACGUAGCGGACGCGGAGCCGGGACAAGGGGAACGGAGCGGGCCGCGCGCCUACUUGCAAUCGAUGACGGGAGGGAUGCCGGCUUACGGCAACAGUCCCGGACAGCUUGGCCCCGUUGCGCAGGCGAGGAAGAAGAGAAAGAUGAAGCUUGGCAUUCUCGCCGGUGUGCUCUGCGCUGUCCUGGUGUUCCUGAUCGCAUUGAUUGUUGGCGUGCUGGUGGGCAUCGUCAAGGUCAACCAGAAGGAUGAUAAGCCGCCUCCGUCUAACGGACCACCGAGGCUCUUUUAAUUUGCAGAUUCUUCCACGAGUGGCAUUCCCUCCCUUCCUGCGGGAUAUGUAGCCCCGGCUUGAGAGUUAUUGCCGUUCUGCCCUCCAUGUUUCUGGAUAACUUCCGCACAAAAGGGCGACACAACUUCAC